CGUGAUUUCCAUUACAAAGACAGGGCUUGUGGGAUUAUCUAAGUGUAGUGAUAAAAAUAAUAGGAGUACACAGAUUACCGUGGCGACACAGAAGACAUGUGAUAGAUUCUGAGAUGAUUGACGUGGAUAUUUCAUUUAUUGUGCUUUUGAUUCUGACUACGGUUAUCAUCACCAUAAAAACAGUUGAGGGCGGUAAAUGUUUACAAGAUGCACAGCGACAAUGUCAGACAGAAUCGGCAGGAUUAAUUGAGGCCCAGAGACAAAGCACAGGGGUCUGUAGUGCCUACGCUGACUAUGACUCUUGCAUAAAAACCUCUAUAAGUAAGCUGGGGUGUCGCCUGUCCCCAAGUGAAGCAGAUCUCUAUGAGAAAGAUAUCACUAACAUUUACACAGAGUACCCUCAUGGCUGUACCAAGACCGCCAGUGGUUGGAUCGCGUCAUACACGGCCCGCUCAGCAGCUACAGGGAGUGUGUCAGCGACACUGUUGAGCUUCACUAUUACGCUCGGAUUAAUCUGUCUCUUACACUAAUUUCUUAUCACUAACACUGUGAUAUCUUAUCAUUUUUAAUUGUUAUUUAUUUAUGUCAUUAUUGCAAUAAAGAAUAAUUCCAUCAAACUAAAAGUUGCAAUAUGCAUUACUAGUA